GUGUGAAUAUGUGUGUGUGUGUGUGUGUGUGUGUGUGUGUGAGAGAGAGAGAGAGAGGGGCGGGGGAGUCGUCUGAGUGAGCGCGUGGACUGCACCAUCACAUUCCGUUCCCAGUCCACUGUCACCAGCCAUGCCGUUACCGAAUAACACGCAGCUAUGUUGUAUGAUCUGUGGCUUACCGAUCUGCUGAUUCUUACCACGCAGUUCACACGGUCAAUCUGUUCCCCUGUCCGGAGGAUUUCAAAACAUCGAUGAUGGCCUUGGUAAUGGAACCUAUAAGCAAAUGGACACCCAAGCAAGUAUUAGAAUGGAUGAAAGGCCUGGAUGACUGUCUGCAGCAGUACAUCAAGAGCGUUGAGCGGGAGAAGAUCAGCGGGGAGCAGCUCCUGCACAUCAGCCACCAGGAGCUGGAGGAGCUGGGGGUCUCUCGCAUCGGACACCAGGAGCUGAUCCUGGAGGCUGUGGACCUGCUGUGCGCUCUGAACUACGGGCUGGAGACAGAGAACCUGCGGACGUUGUCUCACAAGCUGAACGCCUCGGCCAAGAACCUGCAGAACUUCAUCACGGGCCGCCGUCGCGGGGGCCGUUACGAUGGGCGCGCCUCGCGCAGACUGCCCAACGACUUCCUCACCUCCGUGGUGGACCUGAUCGGGGCAGCUAAGAACCUCCUGGCCUGGCUAGACAGGUCGCCGUUCGUGAGUGUGACAGAAUACUCUGUCCUGAAGAACAACAUCGUUCAGCUGUGCCUGGAACUGACCACCAUCGUACAGCAGGACUGCACUGUUUACGAGGCAGAAAACAACAUUCUCCAUGUGUGUAAAACGCUGUCCGGGAUCUGUGACCACAUCAUCUCGCUGUCGUCUGAUUCGCUGGUGUCCCAGUCCGCCCACCUGGAGGUGGUCCACCUGACCAGCAUCACCCCGAGCGAAGGACUGGGAAUGUACAUCAAAUCCACCUACGACGGGCUCCAUGUUAUCACUGGCACCACUGAGAACUCUCCAGCUGACCAGUGUAAGAAGAUCCACGCUGGAGACGAGGUUAUUCAGGUCAACCACCAGACUGUGGUGGGCUGGCAGCUGAAGAACCUGGUGAACGCCCUGAGAGAAGACCCCAGCGGAGUCAUCCUCACGCUGAAGAAGAGGCCGCAGAACACCCUGACGUCAGGCCCCGCCCUCCUCAAGAACAUACGAUGGAAGCCGCUGGCACUCCAGCCCCUCUCCACCAGCCCCCCCAGCGGCCCCAACACCCCCCCUAGCGGCCUGGGCACCCUGGAGCUGUCCUCCACCAUGGAGCUGUCCUCCACCCUGGACAGCAGCCAUGAAGUCUUCAUCCUGUCCCCUGUGUCGGGCCUGUACGGCCACAGAGAGGAGAUGGGCAUCAUGUCCUGUGACGACAUCAACAAGUACAGCCUGGAGAAGCUGAAGGGCUCGGAGUCCCCCAGCUUCUACCUGGACCACGAGGCUGGCCGCUGCUUCACCCUGCUGGAGGAGGAGAUGCUGGGCGGGGCCCAGGACUACGACAGGGCCCGCUCCUCUGGGGGCCGGAGGAGAGACAGGACCCCCACACACGACUCCGAAAGUCCUCUGCUGCGUUACCUGGGCGACGACAAGAUCCUGAUGAUCCAGGAGGAGCCGGACGCGUCGCGGGAGUCAAAGCGGGACACAGGACGACGCUCGCGCAAGAAGAGCCACAACCCCAUCAGCCCCAGCUACCCCAUCAGCCCCAGCUACCCCAUCAGCCCCAGCUACCCCAUCAGCCCCAGCUACCCCAGCAGCCCCAGCUACCCCAUCAGCCCCUCCCUCCUGGUGCCUCCUGCCAGGCUUGAGUCAGGACCCCAGGAAGGGCUGCCUUUCUCACUGCCUGAGAGCCACACCGUGCCUCUUUACCACAGAGUUGGAGACACACUGAAAGCAGACACAGACAGGUAUGCUAGUUUUGGCAUUGAGAGGCAAGGAGGAUCAUCCAUGAGGAAGUCGUUCCACUACGCCUCUCUGAGGACUAAGCCCAAGAAGAGAACUAAAGGUUCUCUGACCAGCGCCAGCCGGAGGAGGAUUUCCUGUAAGGACCUGGGCCACGGGGACUGCGAGGGCUGGCUGUGGAAGAAGAAGGACGCCAAGGGCUACUUCACCCAAAAGUGGAAGAAGUACUGGUUCAUCCUGAAGGAGUCGUCCCUGUACUGGUACACCAACCAGAAUGAUGAGAAGGCUGAAGGAUUCAUCAGCCUGCCAGAGUUCCGUAUAGACCGAGCCAUCGAAUGCCGGAGAAAACAUGCAUUCAAAGCCUGUCAUCCCAAAAUCAAGAGUUUCUUUUUUGCCACAGACUGUCUGGAGGAGAUGAACAGGUGGAUGAACCGGCUGGGGCUCGCGGCCAUCGGCUACACCCCCGAUGACAAGGUGCCUCGUCCCGACGAAGACUGCUGGAGUGAGAGUGACCAGGAUGAGAUGGAUGGAUCCAUGACCCUGAAACAGGAGGCCAUGUCCUCGCGGUUUGACACCUACCACCGCACCCCUUCUGUGAACUCCUCCAGUCCCUUCCCUGAGCGUCACUUCUCCAGCGAGUCCACCUACUCCCAGUCCUCAGCCGAGGACUCCCGUCCAGACGUACCCGGCAGCGCCCACGCCUCCUCCUGCCACUCCUCCCACCGGGAGCGCCGGUCCUGGCAGGACCUGAUCGAGACGCCCCUCACCAGCUCCGGGCUCCACUUCCUCCAGACCGUGCCGGGCGACAGCGACGCCGGCUACGGCAGCGGCUACAUGGGCCUCGGCCAGCUGCUCCUGUCCCCAGAGCGCCGGCGCCAGGCCACCCUGCCGGCCCAGAGACACCGCUGCCCCGACAGGGACGGGCCCUUCCCCCUGGUGGACCUGGAGGAGCAGGGCCGGGGCCUGCAGGGCCACACACACAAGCAGCGCAGCCAGAGCCUCCCCAGGAACAGGGAGGCGGCCGACAGCCAGGGCCUGAGGCCCGCAGCGCCCCCGGGCGAGAGGAGCCAGGAUGACGAGGUGCCUGUCAGGAAGCACAACGGCAGGAAACCCCACGGGAAGUCCGAUUCCCGGUCCAGAGAGCGCGGAGGUCACGCCCAGGGCGGGGUGGACGGUUACCAGGAGUUGUACCGCUCUAUAGAGCAGGCCAGCCUGUCGCCCCUGGGGCAGCAGAGACCCUCCACCAAGCAGGAGUUCCGUUCCUCCUUCGUCAAGCGAUGCAACGACCCCGUCAUCAAUGACAAGCUGCACCGCGUACGAGCCUUGCGCAGCACGCUGAAGGCCAAAGAGGGUGACCUGGCCGUCAUCAGCCAGGUGCUGGACAACCCCGGCUUGACGUCCCAGAUGUUCCAGGAGUGGAAACAGCUGCACCAGGAGCUGUUCUUGGACAUCUGCGAGUUCAGCUCGACCCCAGCAGAGCCGCACCUGCAGCCCUCGGACCUCUCCCCUCUCUCUCCCCUCUCCCCCCCUGUCAUGAUGCACACGCACUCCUUCAUCGAGACUCACGUUUGAGACUGAGGAGCUCCAGUCCUGACCCUCUCCUCCUCUCUCUCUCUCUCUCUCUCUCUCUCUCUCUCUCUCUUUCUCUCUCUCUCUCUCUCUCUCUCUCUCUCUCUCUCUCUCUCUCUCUCUCUCUCUCUC